CGGCAAAAGGAGAGAAUGGAGGAAAGCGAGAAGGAGAAAGAGAACGUAGUAAACGAGAUCGAGGCCUGCAGCGAUCCGUCUGUUGGAAGUACCGGCGACGAAUCUCAACCAAACCCUAAACCUAGAUCUGUCAAGAUCAUAGCCCCAGAGAUCGAGAUCCAUCUCUUCCGCUGCGGCAAAGGUCCGAUCGAUGUUUUUAAAUCGAGGCUCGGAGGGUGGGAUCAGGAUCAGCUGGAAGUCCAUGACAUUCUGGAAAAGUACGGUUUCAAAUCCAUCUUCGCGUUCAAUCCCAUCUCGGGAAGAGGUGUUUCGAUCCGUUUCAACCCCCGGAAUGGAAGAUCGUUGCUUCCGUACAGGGACGGAUCUGUAAUUUACAUUGACGGAGAGCCAAAGGAUUCCAUGAUCAAACCCAUAACAAAGAUCCUGCUCGGCACAGCAGUGUUAGCACUUUUGUUGGCAGUGUUUCUGAGGGAAACUCCAGAAUGGUUGAAGACCUCAAACUUCCUAGGAGGAAACUUCCCCCCUUGGAUUAUUGCUUGCAUAGUCAUUCUUUUCACUCGGCUAAGGAAGAGAACUAGGGAUGCAUUCAAAAAGUUUGGUUGGUAAGCUUACAAUGAUGACAUAGCAGCCUGGCCUAAUUUCAUGGUUAAAGGAUCUCCCAACGUAUCAGCAUAUGUUCAGUGCAGUUGACCAACGAGCCCACUUUAUCUAUUGCUACUCCUAAUCCGAUGUCACACGUCCAUCAUUUCCAUGCCCUCAUGACAUGGACUUGCCAUUUUGGAAUUAUUUCAUAGAAAAUAAGAGAAUUGUAAAGAUUUCUAAAACAUUUUGGAGUUCUCUAGUCUUUUGUGUGUGUGUGUGUGUGUGUGUAAUAGAUUAAUGUAAAGAAUUCUAGAAACUUUUCGGAGUCUUCUUAGCUGUUGGAUGAUUGUUUUGUAUAUCAUCUUAGCAAUUUAUAUAAAGAGAUCAGAAACCAUAUAGUUCUAUAUGGAUCCUCAUUUAUAAAGCAUUCAAGAAAGUUCCCUCU